UCGAUGUAUUUUUUACAAUAAAUCGUAACAACUUAAAUUAAUUAUAAACACAAUGCCGGAAAUAAAAAUAAUCCCUCUGGGUGCUGGUCAAGAUGUUGGUAGAAGUUGUAUUUUGCUUACAAUGGGCGGGAAAAAUAUAAUGCUAGAUUGCGGAAUGCACAUGGGGUACAACGACGAACGUAGAUUUCCCGAUUUUUCUUACAUUUCGCAAGAAGGACCGUUAACACCUUAUAUAGAUUGCGUAAUUAUCUCUCAUUUUCAUUUGGAUCAUUGCGGAGCUGUUCCAUACAUGUCAGAAAUGGUUGGAUACUCAGGCCCGAUUGAUAUGACUCAUCCAACAAAGGCAAUCGCCCCAAUCUUAUUAGAAGAUAUGCGAAAAGUGUCUGUUGAGAAAAAAGGGGAACAAAACUUUUUUACUUCUCAAAUGAUUAAAGAUUGUAUGAAAAAGGUUAUUGCAGUUACAUUACAUCAAUCUGUAAUGGUUGAUAAUGAGUUAGAAAUUAAAGCUUAUUAUGCCGGUCAUGUUUUGGGGGCUGUAAUGUUUUGGGUAGCUGGAUCUCAAUCUAUUGUUUAUACUUGAGGUUAUAAUAUGACUCCAGAUAGGCAUUUGGGAGCUGCUUGGAUUGAUAAAUGUCCCAUCUUUCUUUGGGAACCCUUUGUCGCUGUUAUUAUCCAAUUUUUUUGUGCUAUUAGAUGAUUUACCUUUUUCACGGUCUUUUGAAGACUAUUUCGUUUUUACAGUAAAUGAUGGGUUAACAACUUUAUUUGUUGAGGCGGAACAUUUCAUUGCUAUAAAUACGAAUUAAACAAAUAACUAUUAUAUUGAUAAUAACAGAUAAAAAGA